CCUGAUUCAGUUAUUACUGCUGUUUAAAUACGAUUGGAAUUUAAAAAAAAAUGACCACAAACUCAAACAAACGUAGAAUCACAGUCAAAUAUAAAUCCGCCAACCCUCUAUUUGAACAGUGGUUAACAGAAUGGAAAGAAGAGGCUAAAGAAAAGGGAUCUAAAUUAGAAUUCACGUACCGAAACGCUGUAUUAUCUCUAAAAAAAUGUCCCAUUUCUUUUAAUUCUGGACAAGAAUGCAAAAUAUUAAAGGGAUUUGGGGAUCAUUUGUGUCGUUUAUUAGAUCAAAGGUUAAGAGAUCAUAAUUCACAAUUAUCUGAUAAUCCACGGACAGGAUUAAAUAAUAGUGAAACAAAUAAUGAUGAAAAUUGUAAACCGAUAAAACGUAAAAAUAAUAAAACUAAAAAGAAUACUGAAAUCACUUCUAAGAGUAAAAACAAAAAAGAAUUAAUUGAAACUCCUGAAAUUGAAAAUGUGGCAAUAAAUUACAUUAACGAAUUUGAAAAUGCAAAUGAUGUUAAUGCGUUUUCCAACUAUUCAGGUGAAAAAUCUGAAAGCCCAAAUAGGAAAAAUACAAUAUGCAAAGUACCUUCAAAGGAAACUAACCAGACUGAAUUCACCAAUUCCCAACAUUCUGAAUUUGCAAGUUCCCAACAUACUGAAUUUACAAAUUCUCAACAUACUGACUUUACAAAUUCCCAACAAACUGAAUUAACAAAUUCCCAACAUAGUGAAUUUACAAAUUCUCAACAGAGUCAAGUAUCAUCAUCAUGUGACUUUUACAUAUUAGAGCCUGGAAACUUUGAUGUCAUUUUAUAUAUUGAUUCAUCAGAAACUACUACUGACCCUUUAGAUCCUUUAUUAAAGGAAUUAAGCAAAUUAUCAAAUGUUUGUCAAUUUGAAGUAAAAAAAUUACAUGUUGGAGACUAUAUCUGGAUAUGUAGAGAUAAAAUCACCAAGAAAGAAUUAGUUUUACCUUAUAUUUUUGAAAGAAAAAGAUUAGAUGAUUUAGCUAGUAGUAUCAAAGAUGGUCGUUACAAAGAACAAAAAUAUCGUCUUAAGAGAAGUGGUAUAGAUAAUAAGUAUUACUUAAUAGAAAAAUGUAAAAUACAUUUUAGUUUUCCUGUCACAUCUUUACAGCAAGCGGCAAUUAAUACUGCAGUGCAGGAUGGAUUUACCAUCAAAAUGACUUCAAAUUUGAGUCACACAGCCAAAUUAUUAAAUAAGUUUUCAUUAUUAUUAACAAAUAGAUUUGGGAAUAAAACAUUAAUAAAGUGCCCAAAAGAAAAUUUAGGUCCUGUCAAUUUAUCUAAUGAUUUAAUUUCACUAAUGAGUUUUAAUGACUUUAACCAGGGUAGCAUUAAAAAUAAACCUAUGAUGGUGACUGAUAUGUUCAUCAAAAUGUUGAUUCAAUUAAAAGGAAUGUCAGUUCAAAAAGCAACCGCAAUUACUUUACAAUAUCCUACUCCAUUAUUAUUAAAGAAAGCUAUUGAUGAAAGUAAUAAUGAUGAUUUCCAAAAGGGCCUAUCAGAAUUAAUUUAUGAACAGCAGAAGGUUGGCUUGCCUCUUAGUAAAACUGUGGUUCAAUUGUUUACUUCCAGACAGUUUAAAUAAAUACAUUGUUAUGGCUUAGCUUUUAUUAAUUAAAUGUUUUUAUUAGAUAGAAAAUGUUACUGCAAUCAAUUGUGUAAAAACUGAAUAUUAUAUUAACAUCCUUAUUCACAAAGCAUUUUUAAAUAGUUACCUAGUAUAAAACUAACCACAUUUUAAAUAGUCAGUAUCAUUAGUAAAAUUAAAAUAAAUGAAGUAGUUUCCUCAAAUCAUUGACAAAUUAAAUAUUUGUUUAUAUUUUUCUAGAAAACCUUUAAGAAAUCAAUAGAAAAACAUGUAAAGAACAUAUUUUAGCAAGAUUAAAAUAACAUUGUCCAAUUCCAUUCUACAUUCAUUAUAAUGACGUGUCUCUCUUUAAGGUUUUGCAUGUGGGUAAAUUUAAAGAUGCUUUGUAAAUUAGAGGCUAUUAACAGAGAG